AUGGCGAUACGUGAGAAAGUUACCACAAUCCUGUUCUCUGUGUUCGGGGAAAAAAUAAAUGUUCAUGACAAGAUGUCACUGAGUACUUGUAGGCUUCCCAGCGGAAGAGGCUAUGACGUAAUCGAGAUAGACAACCUGCGAUGCCGCACCGAGAUCGGCAUCAGCCAGCACGAGAUCGGGAAAAAACAGGAAGUCGUCAUCAGUUUGCGCCUGGGUUGUGACGUGCGCAAGGCAGGAAAAAGUGGUGACGUCAGCAAUUCCGUGAACUACACGGGUGUUUGCCAAAACAUCAUUAGUUACGUGGAGUCAACGUCAUUUGACUUGGUGGAGAAAUUAGCGACUGAUGUGGCCAGAAUCUGCACUGCUCUCUACAAGGCCCCGUGCAUCCAAGUGCGAGUCCGCAAGCCACAGGCCCUGCGCUUCGCCGACCCAGUCGGUGUCCUGAUCGAGAGAACACCAUAG